AUGCCAUCAAUCGCAGUGGCACAAACUACUGGUGGUACAGAUCCCGGUGCUAUAACCCACGGUUAUUCAUGGGUGCCACCUGGACUUACUCGUCUUAAGGUGGAAGAAUAUAUGGCACAACUACCAAAUCAUGUCGUUCCGCGGGUCAAUAGUAAUGGUGAGAAGUUUCGCGAAAAGCAACUUAUGUUACAGCUACCACGACAGGAUUUAUCAUUAGCAUACUGUAAACAUCUUUCAAACAAUGUUGAAAGGAAACUUUAUGAAGAAUUUAUCAAUGCACGAAAUGAAAUUGCUUUAGACAUUGGUUUCGUCUGUCCACUUAUUCCAAAACAAAUGGAGUGUAAGAAAUGUCGUGGAGUAUUGGAAAGGAGCGAAAUGGCUGUAAUAGCGCCAAAAUUAGGUGAAAAUAGUGGUUGGCAUCCGGCUUGCUUCACGUGCGCUACGUGCGAGCAGCUUCUGAUCGAUUUAACGUAUUGCGUGAAAGACGGUGUCAUCUACUGUGAACGACAUUACGCUGAACUUCAUAAACCACGCUGUAACGCUUGUGAUGAAAAUUUUUGA